AUGGCUGUGGGGAUCGUCGAAGACCCGCUGUUAGGGAGCACAUUCGUCGAGCGGGAGGUUGGCGCCAGCCCCGAGCCCUCCUCAAAGACGUCUUCCCACGCAUCCCCGUCACCCUCUCCCGGUCCCUCCGCUCGGGACGGCAGCGGCUCUGCCCAACUGCCACCUCACCCAACCCCGGCAUCUCCUGCCUUGUCGACCGCCUCAACAGCAGCCGACGAUCAAGACGCCGGCUCCUCUCCAGUUCUUCCGCCACUCCCUGCGCCUAGGCUACCUGGGCGGGCGCAAGAUCUUCUGAGGUCUACACCCAACGAAAUCGAGGACGAGGAAGCUCGCUUCGUGACCGCCAGCUGGGGCUCGCCAUACUCCCAGGGCGACCGCAAUCAUCUGCGCGGAGAGAGCUUCAGCAGUGAUCCUUCCGAGGACUCGCCUCUCCAUCAGCUAGCCUUCCAGACCCCGUUUCUGCGCCCACCGCCCCAAUUUGCUCCAGGACAGGUUGCUCAAUCAGACAGCUUCGUGAGCGCCGCUCAAGUCCUCGCCAAUCGGGUUCGAAGACCAACCCGCGGCCUGACGGAGGACUGGAUCCGUCAACAUACCGCUGGCGAGAACUCUGAAAGUCGCCAUUGGCUCAGUGACGGAGAAGACGGAAGCGAGCACUCUUCGCUGAGCGGCUCGCGAUCUGGUGAAGAGGGUCCUCUGUACAAGGACAGUCUUCAGACCCCCCGUGCCAAGCCGGCCGCUGCCACGCGCAUUGCCCGUCGCACAUCGUCGCACCACCCCCGAAAAAGAUCCAGCGUCGAAACCCUAAAGCCCGAAACCAAGAACCACAUCAUCGGUUCUCCUCUUGCCAACAUGACGUCUCCCGAUCUCGACACGCCCAGCCUAGAUGCUGUGGGCGAUCUCUCCGUGCCCAUCUCAUCACAGGACACGCUGGAAAGGCCACAGACGCCGCCAAAAACAAUAGCAAAGGUAGACGCAGUAGGGCCUCGAACGCCGGCGAGAGUCACCUUCAAGGAGCCUACUUUGACGCCCAGGCUGAGGAAGAAGGUUCCUUGGAAGGGCAAGAAUAUCCUGGUCCUCCUGCCGCGUGAUGACGAGCGUGGCACCGAUGGCAGGGCUCCUAUGCCUCUGACAGCCGCCGAAACAGAACGCAUGUUCUCCUCUUGGGACGAGCUCGGGUAUGAUAUCUCUGGAUUCGACCUCGAGGCCGCGCAAGGUAGCCUCCAGUCCGAGGAGGGAUACUCCCAAAGCCGAAACACUUGGCCCGCAGACGAGGACCUCUCCAAGGAACGGGCAGAUCGGUAUUUCAAGGUUACGCUGCCUGACCUGAAUGCCUGGAAGGACUAUGUGAACGAGCUUCAAGAGGCCAAGCUACGUGCGCUGGGCGUCUCUUUCGGAGACGAAGAGCCUGCGCCUGCUCCGUCAAUGUCUCCCGCCAUGACGGCGUCCGGAUUGAGCAGGCAGCCCUCCGUGCAAUACCCGCCCCUACCUUUCUCGCCUCCCCUGCCAACGUCGUCGGCUUCGAGCAAUCCCGCCAUACCCGGAUUCCCAUUUCCUUCGCACUUCAUGCCUGGCGGACGGGCCUCUGCCGCCCAGAGCCCCGGCGUGCUGUCAAGUGCUUCACCAGCUUUUACUCCCGGACAUGCUUCAAAGUUCAACCCGCGACAGUCCAUUUCCAUCCCCAUGGGACACUCUCCUUUCCAGCCUGGCCAUCACGCGUCGCCUUCCCUCGCAGGCGGGCACUCCCCUUUCACGCCAGGCCACCAUGCUUCACCCUCGCUUGCUGGCUGGCCCAUGCAUCAUGGACCUGGUCGUAUUGAUUCGCCAUCGCUUCUGCACGGUGUCUUGUCUCCUGUCUCGCCCUACACGCCCGAUGGCUUCCAUGCAGCCAGCCCACUUUUCCAUGCGCACCAGCGUCACCAGUCCUUGCAAUAUCCCAUGAUGCCACACCAACAGCUGGCGCAGCAGCCCUCAGCGAGAGCGUCGCCACGCUUGCAAGAAGUUCAGGAAGUUGACGAGGAGCCGAUCAACCAGAGCCCAUCGAAAACCCCGGAGCCUCACAACACGAACACGAACACGAACAAUGAUGACCUGCAGGCUGAGAUUGAUGACGCCGAGUACCAUCUGGAGGAGCAGAUGCGUAAUGAACUUGAGCACGAUGACUACAGCCCCCACAACGAAGAAAGGGCUGCGGAUGAGCUGGUUUCUCUGCCCUCGGGCUCCAUCUCCGAGGACCCCUCUUAUGUGCACAGCAGAGAAGCAUCGAUGCAGUUCCAGGCCCCAAUGCACUUUGCAACUCAGAUUGGAGACGGGCCUGAGCUGCAGCACCCUCGCCCCCACAGCAGGGGCCACUCGCUCACGAAGAACUACUUCCAGGACGAGCAUCGUGACAACGCAAACCAUGACGGCAGCAACAGCUUCAAUGCUUGGCAGGACAUGGACACCCAGCAGGCAGACGACGCUGCUGAGAUCGAGACGAAUCCUAGCAAUCUGGGCACGCCGGUGCAAGAUUUCCACCUUGCCAAUAUCUUGCAGCAGCACCAGCGUAACUUUAGCACUGCCAGCAACCCGUGGAGCGAGGUUGCAUCUGUGACCGCCAAUGCAGGAAACCAACGACGCCUGAGCCACGCAAGCAAGCCUUCUCUCUCGAAACUCAAUGUCAAGGCCCCCGAGUUCAAAUUCAACCCUGGCAAGGAGUUUACACCGAGUGGCCAGUUUGUCUUUGGCAACACUGCCUUCCAACCACCGGCUCAGACACAAGUCUUCCAUGCGGAAUCUGAACCGUUUGUGCCAUCUGUAGUCUCGCCCUCCGGCCACUCGUUUGGCGCUCCUUCAUUCUCUUCGAGCAUGAAUGCCGGCGUCGCGCCUUUCUCGCCCGGCACUAGUACCUUCAACUUCUCGAUGUCUGGGCCCAAGUUCCGUCCCGAUGCGAUUCCUUUCACGCCUUCUGGUGGCUUGUCGGAUGCCUUCACCAGCCCGAAUGCUUCGGGCACUGACACUGCUGCGGCUGGCCCCAAGUCCAUCUUUGGCAAUAUUAAUCUCGCGGAAGCUCUGACUUCAAAGAAGUCGAAGGCCAUUCCCAUCGUCCCGCCAGCCAGCCGAGAUCCUAAGCCAACCAAGGGAAAUCCAUAUGAGGUUGAUGAGGAGGGCCGUGUCGUCAAUGCUGCGGGCCCCAAGCGGAGACAGGAAGUGGCCAGAGACGAUGGCGAUGAGGUGCCUCGCUUUGCCGAGCCUACGCCGUCGCCCCGGCCUGCAUUUGCCCAGCCCGUAGCAUCUGUCGAGCAAGACGCCGUGGACAUGCGCUCCGGCGACGACGGCGAUGCGACACCCGGCGACACGACAAUGUCUUCCACCAGCGUGUCCGAACAGAUGGCUGACUCCAAGGCCAUUACGGCGACAAGUCCAUCCGAUGGCGGCAGAGAUCAGCUGAACUGGACUCCCUUCGACUUCGAAAGGAAGAACGACGCGCAAGUGUUCAACGAUGCUCGACCUUUCGGCCAAGAUUUUUUCAAGAAGGGACACAAAAAGAGCCUCUCAGCUACUGCCCAAGCGUUCGUUCCUGGCGGGUCCUGGCAAAAUGUUGUGGAACCCGAAUCCAAUGUUGAAGAUGAUGAAGACGAGCAAGACCGGGACAGGGAGGCCACCAUUGAGCCUCCCACUCGCCAGGUCGAGGCUAUUGACGCUCAUGAAACUGUGGCUGAGGCGGAGGAGAAGCAGAUCGAGGACGCACGUGAGCCGACGCCAGUGUUUGAGCAGCCUCUUGGAGAGAAGACAGCCCACGUUCCUGUCGAGCAACAGAUCGAGCAACCCGUAUUGUCCAGGGGACUCGGGGCCUCCCGCUUUGCUUCGCCUCCACCGAAGCCUAAGGGCCUCAAGGCGUCUCGUUUCGCAUCGCCUCCCAAGCCGGCGCACAAGGAGGUCGAGUUGCCGCCACCGCAAAUUUUGUCGCCCGAUGGUCGCACCUCGAACUGGGCCGACGAUGUUUCCGAGGAGCUGCCCCCAUCUGGCCCGGAGCACGAACCGACUUUCGAGGAGAUCGAUGCCAUCAUGGACCACCUCAACCAAAACGACCCUAUGAUGGGAGUCAACAAGCAGGCCGCCGAGGAGCCUCGCUGGGCUCAACCCAGUCCUACCAGGCACAUCUCCAUUGCCGACGUUACCAACUCUUCUCCCUUCCACUUGCAGCCCGCAACCCAUUCCACUGUGGAUGCGUCCAGCCCCGAGCCUCGCAAAUACCAUCAGCUUCCGAACCUGGCUCCGCCGAUCCCCACAACCGAGUUGGAGGAUCCUUUCGUCGAUCCUCCGCAGAGUGCCCAGUCGUUCAACGCUCCUGUACACCGCCUCAACGGAAGCGAGGACGUUGCCAACAGCGACUGGGAUGGUACGUUCAGCGAUGAUGAGCAAGAGAAGCUAGGCCAGCGCGUUCAGUUCUUCGAUGGACGCGUCAACGAUGUUGUCGGCGACCUUCUCGAGGCCCGCCUGCAACCGUUGGAAAAGACGCUGCUCGCCAUCGAACGCCAUUUCGCUUCACAGGCAGGUACCUCAGCUCGUCGCGAGCGCCGCAGCAUGUCCGCCGAAGUGCAAGAGAGCGACGCCGAUGACGAAGACGAGGAGCCGGUCCUGCGUCGGUCAAUGAGCCCCCGCCGGGAUCGCAGGAUGGACCAGAUCCGUACCACCAUUCUCGACGCUUUCGCCACAACGCAGCGAGGCGUCCCCACAUCUGCUUCUGCUGGUGAUGCGUCCUCGGAAGUUGUCCUGCGGGCGCUGGCUGAGAUGAAGGAGCAGAUUGGCCAGAGCCUGCCAUUGGAGCCCCGUGGUGCUGAGCUCCGCAGCAUCAUCGAGGAAGUCGUCGAGCGUCGUCUGCCGUCUGUUGCGCAGCCCACCAUUACGACUGACACCGAGUCUGAAUACAAGAGCAAGAUUGCUGAUCUGGAAGAACGCCUGCGCGUGGAGAAGGACCGUGCUGAUAAAGAAACGACCAGCCGCCGUGAGGCGGAAGAGCGGGCAGCGGAGCUUCAACGGAAUCUGCAGGCCGCAGAGACCCGUCUCGAGGUCGAAAUCAUGAACCGUAGCAUCUACGAUCAACGUUCUGUAGAUCUCGAUGAAAAGCUGAAGCAGCAAGAGGCUCAAACGGAGAAGGAGCUUCAAAUCCGACGCUCCGCAGAGGACAGACUGUCCGAAGUUCAGCGCCUGCUCCGCAUUUCUUCUGAGGAGGAGAACCGCCUUCGCGAGGUUGUGGAAGAGCGUGACCAAAGGAUCAAGGCGAUUGAGGUAUCGGGCGCCAAGAAUAACAUGCGCAUGUCGCUGCUUGAGGCGGACCAGAACAACAGCAACCAGUCGAGGACCGAGCUCAUCAAGAGGACCAACGUGCUUGAACACGACCUCCGCGAGGCCCGACAGGAAGCUCUCCACUUCAAGGCUGAGACUGACCGUGCUGCCGAGACUUCUCGCCGCCAGCUCAACGAGCUCGAUCACGCACUUGAGGAGAACAGGCAGCAGCAGAGGUUCCUUGAUACUCUCGGAACACAGCUCCAAGAGAACGAGAGGGUACGCGAGAGCUGGCGCUCCAAGUUCCUGGCUUUGCAGGAGGAGAUGACCACAGCAGCCCGCGAGAUCACUGAGGAACACUCCCGCAGGACCAAGAGGGAGCAGACACUUAUUGCCCGCCAAGAGGUUCUCGAUGCUAGACUCCAAGCCGAGGCUCGAACUAGGGAGCGUCUCGAGGCCGAGAUUGAACGUCUCGAGAACGGCGAACGCCAGGGCCUGCGUGCUGUUGGCGAAUGCAACCGCCUGGAGGCUCUCCUCGCCGAGUUGAGGACUGAGAACCACAAGCUCGAGCAAAAGGCCAUGCGUCACCAGCGCGAGUUUGAGGAGGCGAGGGAGUCUGGAGCCAGCGAGGUUCAGCGCACGCGCCGUUCCCUGCAGUCCGAGAUUGACGAGGCCAACAACCAAGUCAAUUAUGCCAAUGUUGAUGUCGAGUCAGCCAAGGCGCAGGCGGAGAUGCUCGUCGAGGAAGUCCAGACAACCAAGACAACUGAGAUUGAGCAGCUCAAGGAGAAGCAUCAGAAUGAGGUUGAGGACCUGCACACCCGCCACGCUAUGCAGCUGGGCAACACUGUCGAAGAGGCCCAGAAGGCUGAACAGCACCUACUUGAGCGUCUCAGCUUCUCCGCGUCCAAGACGGAGCAUCUUCAAGACCGCGUCGCCCAUCUCGAAGAGAAGCUCGAGAUUGCCAAGGAAGCUGCUCUAGCAGCUGCCAAGCGCGCCAAGUCGCCUGUUGUCGAGCAGGCGCAGCCCAAUUUCGCUGCCCCUGUCUCUACUGGUGCUGCAGCCCAGGUCACGACCGCGCCCACGCCGGCUGCGAAGUCCAUGGGACUGCCGGAGAAGAUCUCGCCGCAGGCGCUCCGUGAAUCGAUCAUGGUGCUCCAGGAGCAGCUGCAGGCGCGCGAACAGCGCAUUGAGGAACUCGAGCAGAACAUCGAGAAGCUGGAUCCUGAAGCGCCAACCAAGAUUUCCAAGCGGGACGACGAGAUCACCUGGCUGCGUGAGCUUCUCGCUGUCAGGCACGCCGACCUCCAGGACAUUAUCGCUGCCCUCUCUGGCGAAGAUUAUAACCGCGAGGCUGUGAAGGACGCUGCCAUCCGUCUCAAGGCCAACCUUCAGAUGGAAGAGCAGGAACGAGAGCGUGCUCUGAACGGCGGCUCAGCCAUCAACCUGCUACAGGCCGCUUCUCCUCGCAUGGCACAGGCUGUUAGCCCCUUCGCUGCCGCUUGGGGAAACUGGCGCAAGUCCCAGCAACAGCAGCAGCAACAACAGCCAAGCUACCGAAGCAUUUCGGGCGUCAUGUCGUCGCCAGCAGGCCCUGCCUCGAGGAACAACUCGACGCCCUCGCGGUCGACCAGCUCUCAGAUGCCCAGCAGCUUCCUCGGUGGAUUGCUCACUCCGCCGGCUUCCAAUCUACGCCAGACCCCUUCACCCAAGCCCGGACCGAGCCAGCCUACUGCUUUCAACAACACCGGCCGCCGUUUGACUUCAGCUGAGCUCGCACAACGUUCGCGCAAACCCUCUGUCACGGCGAAGCAGGCACAGAAGAUGCCGCAGACCAGCUUGCAAGGCGAUAGCACCCCGCCGCGCCGCCAGAGCCAGAGCCAGAGCCACCCAGCGACGCCUCCGAUGAUGCAGUCCAGCUCGUAUGACUCGGAUGCGCACGCGGGUGACUUUGACGACAACGACUUCUUCGAGGAGGACUAA